AUGACUGUGCCAACUUUUGAGAUUGAUUUAAUAUGGCAUGCACACAUGAUAUAUCCAUCACAAUAUCCAAGCGUUUCAACAGCUCUGUGCGGUUUUAUUCUUGAUCAUGAUGAUGGAAUUGAGUCCAAUAUUUUAACAGAUGCUUAUAAGACAACUGCUAAACUAUGGAAAAAGACUUAUAAUUCAGAAUACGGCCACAGUAUUGACCGCAAAUGUUUAGAAACAUCACAAUACAUGAGUUCAGGUGCAAUGGUUUUCGUGUCAGUUCACAUUUCAAGUAAUGAUGGAGCCUCAUCAUGUGGACCGAUUGAAGGUGGUUGCGGACCGAGUUGUGGUGGUGAAGGCUGUAAUGGGGUGGAGGAUGUGGAGGUGGUGGUGAUUGAGACGCAUUAA